AUGAACAUCAGCGACUUCCGGUUAGAGUUGUUUUGAAUUUUUUUGAAAGCUGGAGCGAUAGCCUGGCAGACAUGUCCACGCUGUUCCCCUCUCUCUUCCCCCGGAUAACGGAGUCCCUCUGGUUCAACCUUGACCGACCCUGUGUGGACGAGACGGAGCUGCAUCAGCAGGAGCAGCAGCACCAAACAUGGCUGCAGAGCAUUGCUGAGAAAGACAACAACCUGAUGCCCAUUGGGAAACCUAUUUUUGACGGGGCAUAUGAGGAAGAGGAAGAGGAGGAUGACGAGGAUGAGGAGGACAGUGAGGAAGAUUCAGAAGAUGAAGAGGACAUGCAGGACAUGGAUGAGAUGAAUGACUACAAUGAGUCACCUGAUGAUGGCGAGAUUAAUGAGGUGGACAUGGAGGGACCCGAUCAAGACCAAGACCAAUGGAUGAUUUAAGACAAAAGACAAUUUUAGUCUCCAUCAAGCUGUCUGGCACUGAAUUUUUACUCCCCACAUAAAACACGACUGCUGUUCCUUCAAUCUGUGACACAGAUAUAUUUUUUAUUUGUGUAUACAGAAAAAGUAGUCACGAGCUUACAUCGUGAUGUCCUCCAGCAGGAGGUUGGGUGAGUCCAACACAAAGUGUCUCAUUUUAAGUUGCAGUUGGCCUUUGAAGGCCCAGGACGUAGUUGUAAAAUGCUGUGAGCGUUGCCACCUAGCACACACACACACACACACACACCCAUUCACUCACACACAAGGUCCUGCUGUUUUGUAACCAGUCGGGCACACACCCACACGGUGACAACAGUAGCCAUCAGCCCAGUGAUCUUUCAUUUAAACUUUGACCUUGUCAUAUCUCAAUCAUGUGCCACUUCUCAGAAAGCCUCCAAACAGCUGACUGAGCACCAACAACAGUUCAGUCAGCUAAAUAAUUUGUUACCUAUUAAGGAGACUAACAAAUAUCAUAUAGUGCAAUUCUGUUUCAGAGUGUCGUGUUAGCUGCUAAUCUUUUGUUACGGAUUUCACAUUUGUGGUGAAAUCUUCAUAAAUGCUUGCGAAAUAAUUCAGACAAAUCAUCAGUUGUUAUUUAAAUAAAAGAUGAUAUUUUUUAUUUUUCAACUCUGUCAAAGGUAAAAGCAGCCAUUACUGUUGAUGACUGUCAGUUGAAAUACAUAAAACAGUGUCCAUCCAGAUACUCACAUAUUUAUCUAAAAGGAUUGCUUGCCAAGCCUUUGCUUAUUUGUACUCAAACGAACAGAGGCCUUGACGUUUUGUAUUAAAUUAAAUAAUUUUGAUGAAA